UUUUUGGCGUCAUUCUCCUUUCCGACCUGGAUCUUGGAUGUGGCUCUUUUGGAUUCCUCUCAGUCAUCCUGUACUCGGCCAAGCCGCACGAUACCAGGCACAAUGAACGCACGCAUCGGCCAGCGAGCGACAACUGCACAGCGCACACAUGGAACAGCGGUCGUUGUGAGCUCUACCCACAUGCUCAGAGUGUCCUCCUCACGUGGCUGUGGAAUUCUCAUACCGUACUCCAAACCCGGCUGAGAAUGGACUGAGAUGAGGAGGGUGCGCCGUCCUGAAUGCAGUCUGAUGAUGGCUUACAUCGCCCAUGGGUAGCGCCGUCCACUGUCUUGGAUCCGUCAAGCCACUCCCUUUCCUUUGUCUCUGCCUGCUUAGACACGGACGUUUUCGGCCUCCGCUCCGCGUGACGACAAGGCUGUACAGAAGAUUAAGGUCUUGAUGAGGAAUGCAGAAUGUCUGGAGCGAGCCUAGCACAUGCCGCCAACGGCUCGCUUCAACGGCCGUCGUCAACUCGACAAAGAUGGGCGGGGCUCGACGAGAUUACGGGCAGCCCGAGCAGAGCUGCAGGCAACAGGCAGGUCUGCUGGGUCACCCACCCCGCCCUCGGCUGGGCUAACCUGCCGAUCUAUCACGCUGCGAACGCUGUCACCGACAUCAGGAACCUCGGACCUGCAUUUCGACCCUCAGCUGAUGGCAACAGCGUCACAUUGAAGCUUGCGCUCUGCAUUCGUCCAGGGGCACAACACGAACCUCGGAAUGAGAUGACGGGCCGGACUUCUUCAGCGCCCUCCGUCGUCGCGCAAUCGACGCUUGUUAGGAAAGGGAGCACAUCCGACCCGGUCCUGAGUAGGGAGCCACACUGCUGCACAGGCUUCGACGAGCGAUCCGCGAGACGAUGGCUGCUGGCUGGUGUCGCAAGAGGGCGCGGUGCGCUAUCCUAUCCUGUCCCACUCCCCGCAGCCUCAACGCUCUUGCUUGCUGCAAGUCACCCUCGCUGGGAGCUCAUGGCGGUGGCAUUCAGCCAUCGUCGUCCGAGCUGCAUCUUGAUGUCCCAAACGACAGCUGUUGGCCGACCUGUCUCAUCAAGCUACGAGGUGCUUGGACCGAGCGAAAUCUCACCAGUGUGCCGUCAUCGCGGUUGUUGCCGCCGUCGUCGUUGUCAGUGUCGUCGUCUGUCACCGCCGCUACGACGUUUUCAUCCGUAGUCGUCUGCAGCUGCUCAGGAGAAGGCAAUAUUACAAGAUAAUGGCAGCGAUGUGCCAGCUAUUGAAGCCCAUCGCACCCCCGAGCGAAGUCGCCAUAGAGCUGGGCCCUCCGAAGCAAGCGAUAUUGCAUGUGGAGAUUAUUGGUGACGUUUCCCAACAUUUCCUCUCCCUUACUGAUGACCUGCCUGCACUGCACGACAAUCCUGGAGCAUGCGCACGUUGCCAGUUCUCUUUGCGGCUAGCCCAUCUAAACCUUUUUUUUCCCUCGUUUUCUUCCCCCCCCCC